GGUCUUUUUGUUAUAGUAGCCCAAAUGGACUAAGACAAGGUUCCUUCAAAUUGUUCUUUGUGAAAAUAAUUUUAAAUCCCCAAAUCCCAUCUCUGUAAAGUCCUGUCACCUCUAGCGAGUUUCUGUAAGUCAUUUCUGUCCAGGGAGAGCUAAAGAUUUCCUGAGUUAUAAGACUGGAAAUGUAUUAGGUUUGAUCAUAUUAAAAUUGCUAGUACUUGACAAUUUUUGGUCGACAAAUAGUCAGUUUCAUACAUAUCAACCUAAUAAUUAUAGAUGAAUCAAACAGGUAUCAUACUGGGGUUUUACAUGAAAGAUCUUUCCAUCUAAAAGCAGAAUUGCCUAUUGUUUUAUUAGACAUUUGUUAUUUAGUCAAUUAGAAUUAGCUUUGAAAGCCUACUUUGUGCCAGCCCUGAGUCUUGUGGAUAUGUCCAUGAAUAAAAUAUACCUGUUCCCUGGUUUGUGGGAGACUACAAUCUAAUGAGGGAAAUAGGCAGUUAAUUAACCAAUUACAGUAAAGUUACAUGACAGUUACAGAAGAGAAAAUACAUAUUGCUGUGUUGUAAAUGACGAGAAGUUCUCAUCUAAGGUUUCAAAAAGGUCUCUUGUUCAGAAAUUAUCCAGGAAGGUUAUUGGGGUAGGAUAGGGUGCUGCAUGGUGUGUGUGGUGUUAAAAGUCAGAGGGGAAAACGUACUCAAGGGUAAGAAAGAGCUUGACAAUUUCAUAGUGUAUUAAAGGAGAUCAGACCAGAGAAGGUAGGUAGGAACCAAAUCUUAGAAAGCUUUAAAUAAGGCCUAUUUAAGAUUUCAGGCUAUAGAAUGUCAUUGAAGCAUUUUAUGCAGGCAGAUUACAUAUUCAGGUUUAGAAGGCAGUAUGCAAAGUGGUUUAGAGUGUCCAUCUAAAGGUAGAUUGUCUUGGUUCAAAUCCUAGUUCUGCUGUAUUCAAGCCAUUGACAUUGGGCAAUUUAACGUUAGAUUUUUGUCUCCUUAUCUAUAAAAUGGGAUAAUAGUAGUACCUUAUUUGUAGAGUUUUUAGAAUUAACUUAAUUAGUGCAUGAAAACACUUAGUACAGUUCAUAGCCCAUAGUAUAAAUUACUGCUUAGGUAUUGUUAUUAUUUGUAUUAUCACUAUUAGUUUUUAAAAGACCAUUCUGGUUACUUGAGUUAGAAUGGAGUAAGAUUACUUGCAGGGAAACCUGUUAGUAAUUCAGGCAAGAGAUAAUUGUGACUUGGAUUGGAGUAGUGGCAGAAGGGAUAGAGAAGGAGAUGCUAUUUGAGAGAAAUUUCAGAGGUAAAAUCCUUGACGCUUGGUGAUUGAAUGAAUGUGGGAGGUGAGAGAGAAGGAGGAAUAAAAGAUGAGUCAAAGUACCUCAGAUUGGUUUUGGAAUGGCACUGAUAUAAAUAUACCCACAUUGGCUGCACUGAAAUAUGUUAAUUAAAUAAAGCAACAUUUAAAGCUCAUAAGUGAUAUAGUGCCCAGAAAUGAAUCUUAUGAAUUUGAAGAAGUGAGAUUGAUCCUUUCUUAUUUGUAAUAAUUAAGCUGCUGAGUAGGUUGGGAGAAGAAUAAUUUGAAUAGUCUUUUCCCUCUUUUGUUUCAUGUUUCCUUUCCCUUUCUGCCUUGUUUCCUUUUUAGUUCUGUCAUUGAUAUUUUAAUUUUUUAGUAUGAGGUUGGACCAUAUAGAAGUUGCCAUUUUUAUAGAUCAGAAAAUAUUUAACCAGAAAUAAAAAGGUUAAAUAUUGGCAAUUUCAUGUGGUUCAUCUAGUUUAUUCUCAUUUUGCAAGAAUUUUUAACUGGGGCUCUAAGGGUCCAUUUUGAGUUAAAUUGAGUACCCCAGUGACUCUGUGAAGGAAUAUUGCUUUGAUGGCAUAAGGACAAGUGGAACUGAGUGCGGUGAAGGAGGUGACUUAAACCUGGCCUCAUCCAUUCGUUCUGGCUCUGGGAGAACAUCUUGCAGCCAGGUUUUUUUGUUAGCUUUAACCAAAAGGGGCGUGUUAUAUAAUAUAACUCCGUCUGUUUUUUAAAAAAUCUGAUUAUAGAAAUAAUACACAGAAUUGGGAAAUUCAGAAAAUAUGGACAACCAAAAAGAAAAAACGAGCAAUUGCUUGUAAUCCCACCGUCCAGUGAAAAAUAGUUGAUUUUUAAUAUAUUUCCUUCCAGUCAUAUAUGUGCAAAAAGUUACUAUGUCUUUUAGAAAAAAAACAAAUCAUGAGGUUGCGUUAUUUUAAAAAGGAAAUGUUUGUAUAGAUUUUUGUGAGGACAUAGAUUUAUUGCCACCCGCUCAUGUCAUUAAUAAUUUGUCUCUUCUGAAGAAAAUGUUUUUCUUUAAUCCAAGACAAAACAUUUCUCUUGACUGAUUUGAAUGUAGCCAUCAGGCCUUGUUUUUUUUUUAAGUUUCCUAUAUGAAUAUUUUGAUUAUAACUCCAAGAGUGGUUUUACUAAAAUAGAAAGGAAGUUGAAAGAACUAUUAUUGUAUUUAUGACAGUAAUAUAACAGCUGGUAGUUUCAUUGCGUUUUUAUUACAUUUUUAAUUUUUUCAAGUUAUCAGCCAAGGUAAUAUCUGCUUUUAUCAGCAUAACUGUCUAGUUUUAUACAUGAGAUACCCGAGAUGUAUAGAGAAUAAGUUACAUGCCCAAGUUCACAAGUAGUUGGGAAAGCCUGGGCUCCUGACUUUGCUUAAUUUUUUUUUCCAUUUAUUGAAAUAUAACUCUUUCAAAUCAUUCCUUUUUUUAUUCAAUAUUUAUUGAGCACUCAAAAAAUGGGAGUUCUAAAAUAAAGAAUAGUGGGUAACCUAGUUUGGCUGGAGGACAAGGUGUUUGGGGGGACGUGGAAUAGUGAAAUCAGAUUGGAAAGGUAAUAGGGAGCCAUUGAGUCUUCUUGAACGGUAGAGUACCAUAUUAAAGCUUGUGCUACUGGAUAUUUCAACAAGGUGGAAAUGAAUAGAUUAGAAAAAUGGACAAGACUAGAAGUCUAGAUGAUAUUUAGUGAUGGCCUAAAGUAAAGUAUUAAAAACUGAAAGGAGGAAAUGAAUUUGAGAGCUGUUGUAGAAAUAGAUUCCCAGGACUUGGUGACUAAGAACAGUACAUUGAGGGAGAGAGUGAUCAAGAUGAUUCUUAAGUUUCGUUCCCGAGAGCCUGGAAAAACAUUGGAAAAAAAUGAAAGAGGUUUGUUUGGUGGGAAAAGUGUAUUUAAUUUUGGAUAUGCUAUGAUUGAAGUCUCUACAGGACAUCCAAGUGGAAGAUGUCUGACUAGCAGGCAAAUUGUAGGUGGGAAAGGGAGCUCAAGAGAGUCAGGGCUGGCGACAUAGGCAGAGAAAUUAUUUGUCUAGAGGGAAUAAUUGAUGCCAUAUCAUCAUUCCUUCUUUCCAGGUACCUUUAGUGCCUUACAUAUGGAAUAGCCUCAAUGUAUGUGAGGAAUGCAUGACAGCAAAGUAUGCAAAUCACUGUUGUGUGCCUUAGAAGCGGACAGUCACAGUAAGAGAGGGCACUUGAGGAUUCAGAGGAACUCAGCCUCAAGCAAUGCAACAUGAUUGGUGGGAAACCACGGGCUAUUUAGGAGGGUUAUUUUAGUUGUAUGAGAAGAAAGUGAGUAAAUUUAUAUACCCACUAUGUGCUAAGUAUUGGUAAUCAUUUUGUAUGCUGUCUCCUUUAUUUCUCAACAACUCCUUGAAAUAGAGAGUAUUACACCCAUUUUAUAGAUGAUGAAACUGAGGCUAAGUCAUAUUAGAGCAAGAAUUUGAACCAGAUGAGUGUGUUCAGUGCCAUAGGUCUUUUUACUAUACCAUACUUUGCCAUAUUUUCCAGUAAGACCUGUCAAAUAUAGCUGUUAAGCUUAUGCUCAAUAGGUGUUUGGUUCCUUGCAUUUGUGUAAUAAGCAGAGUGCUUCAGAUCUUAAAAUGUAAUUAAUUGAAUUCUGAUUAUGGGUGGCCAUUUGCCUGCAAUGAGAAAGCAUGUGUGCGAAACAAAUGAAAAAUGAAAGUUGGAUCACAUAAUGUGUAUCUCCACCCAGGUGUGCAGACCUUCUGGGAUGCUUACAAAUGCCAACAUUUGUUUAUUUUACUCUACAGGAUGUAUGGAACUUUAUUUAGAAGGAUGAAUUGACAGUCCAAAGACACCUAAAGGAAAAGAUAGCAAAAAUAUACAUUUCUAAUUAGCUGAAAAUUGUCAUCAUUUAUGGCAUUACCAUAAGAGCCACAAUAUAAUCCCAAUUUGCAUUGUUUUAAGUAGGCACAAACAAGAUUGUGUAUUCUUAGAUACAAACGCUAAGUUGUACCGAGAGACUUCCUGUAAUUUUCAAGUCUGGGUGGAAAUGGAUACGUUUGCUUUUUCAUCUUUUGUUUGUAUAUUUGUGUACUGCCCAGCAAGCUGGAAGCAAGAAAUGGCAUCUCAGAACUAUAGCGUAGUGUCAAAUACAGGAACGAUGUAAUUCCUCUUCUAUGUCUGUGCUAUUUCUGCAGUAUUCAGAUUGCGUGAGAUUUUCUUUAUUUUUCUCUUGAAAAACCGAAUUUUAAGUUUUCUUGUUAUUUUGGUCAUCUUAAUAUUGGCCAUUAUCUGUUGAAUUGUGAGAGAAAAUUAAUGCUGAAUAUUUAGGUUUCCAGCUAGAAUUUGUGCAGCUGAAUUAUGAUUCCUCAGUUGCCGUGCACUGAUAACACACUUUCAUUCUUUAACAUUGCUCUUUGUUCCUUGGGAAAAUGCUACAAGAAAACAGGAAUUUCCCCUCAGCAUUAGCCCUUUGGCAGUAUGUUUCAGUCUAAUUCCUGGCUGGCACUCUCUCCGGGUUACUACCACUUCUUACUAGCUGUCUAAAUUCUGUUCAUCUACAAGAAGGGGGAUUCCAGACAGACGAGGAAACAGCUUUCAAACACUGCACUGCAGGCAUGUUAAGUUAUCCCCCCACUGUGCAGUCUGGAAAUCGGGGAGCACCUCUAUGGCGAUGAAUUCUAAUAAGCUGCUAAAGAUGCCCGAGUAUGUGCGCACACAGGCAUUUUCUUUCCCCUCCCCCGCUUCUUCCUUUUCCCAAGCCCCCUCUUCUCCCUUUUCCCCUCCUACUCCUUUAUCCCCUCCCUCUGUGUCUCAGUGCUGCGGUAAACGGGGCUGAGGCACAUUCCUGCUUUACAAGGCUUUCUGUUAAGGAUGUUUUGUGGCUUUUGUUUGGAUUACAGCUUGCAGAAUUACAGCUGUUCAGAGGAGCCUCAUUACAACUCCUGCUGAAGCUCCUAGUCUUCUUCCCUUCUCUUCUGCCCCUACCCCCUACCCUCAUUGGCCUGAAGACAUUGUACCCAGAGUUUGCCUUACUCCCCUGGUGCUAUGUGUAUGGUAAACCUGGUACUAUGGCCUCAUCUGGGACUGGCCAGAUAACUGCUGCUGGCUCUCCCUAUUCCAAGGAUUUAAAGGGGAAUGGCACUGCAGGCAAUGCACCAGAGCAGCAGCAUCGGGAGCUUGGGGACUAAGGCUCCUCUGGCAUUAUUACAAACACACAGAGCUGACCGCAAUGACAGCAGCUGCUCCUUUGAACUGUUGGCAGCAGUCAAGCGGCAGCAUGAAGUGAGAGAUCACUCCUGAGCUCAAGAUGAACUCCACCUUGGAUGGUAAUCAGAGCAGCCGCCCUUUUUGCCUCUUGGCAUUUGGCUAUUUGGAAACUGUCAAUUUUUGCCUUUUGGAAGUGUUGAUUAUUGUCUUUCUAACUGUAUUGAUUAUUUCUGGCAACAUCAUUGUGAUUUUUGUAUUUCACUGUGCACCUUUGUUGAACCACCACACUACAAGUUAUUUUAUUCAGACUAUGGCGUAUGCUGACCUCUUGGUUGGGGUAAGCUGCCUGGUCCCUUCUUUAUCUCUCCUCCACUACCCCCUUCCAGUAGAGGAGUCUUUGACUUGCCAGGUAUUUGGUUUUGUAGUAUCGGUUCUGAAGAGUGUCUCCAUGGCCUCUCUGGCCUGUAUCAGCAUCGAUAGAUAUAUUGCCAUCACUAAACCUUUAACCUAUAAUACUGUGGUUACACCCUGGAGACUACGCCUGUGUAUUUUCCUGAUUUGGCUGUACUCCACCCUGGUCUUCCUGCCUUCCUUUUUCGACUGGGGCAAACCUGGAUAUCAUGGAGAUGUGUUUCACUGGUGUGCGGAGUCCUGGCACACCGACCCCUACUUCACCCUGUUCAUCGUGAUGAUGUUAUAUGCCCCAGCAGCCCUCAUUGUGUGCUUCACCUAUUUCAACAUCUUCCGAAUCUGCCAACAGCACACAAAGGAAAUCAGCGAAAGGCAAGCCCGCUUCAGCAGCCAGAGUGGGGAGACUGGGGAGGUGCAGGCCUGUCCUGAUAAGCGCUAUGCCAUGGUUCUGUUCCGAAUUACUAGUGUAUUUUACAUCCUCUGGUUGCCAUACAUCAUCUACUUCUUGUUGGAGAGCUCUACUGGCCGCAGCAACCGCUUCGCAUCCUUCUUGACGACCUGGCUUGCGAUUAGUAACAGUUUCUGCAACUGUGUCAUUUAUAGUCUCUCCAACAGCGUCUUCCAAAGGGGACUGAAGCGCCUCUCAGGGGCCAUGUGUACUUCUUGUGCAAGUCAGACCAUAGCUAAGGACCCUUACACAGUUAGGAACAAAGGCCCCCUUAAUGGAUGCCAUGUCUGAAGUGGUUCAGAUAUUGGGUCACUGUGUGUGGAGGGUGUGUGUGUGUGUCUUUCCUUUUUAUCUCUUUGUAUUCUGAGUUCAGUAGGAAAUCUGGGACAAAAUAAUUUGACUCUAAGCAAUAGCAAACAAAUGAUCCAUCCAAAAUACCUUCUAAGUUUGCAGAAAUGAUUUUUUAAAAAGUACUUUGAAUCAGGACCAUGAAGAUAAAUUGCUGUUGGUUCCAAUUUUUGUAAUGUCAUAGAAAAUGACUACAGUUCUCAGAUUUAAAAUGAAUAAAGCCAUAUCUAACACCUCUCUGCAGCUGGCAUGACUGAACCUAGGUGUGAAAAGCGUCAGCAUUUUAAAAAGUCAUCAUUUUCUUCUUGCUUUUCUGGGUUCUUUCCAGCUGUUUGGGCUUCAUAUGCAAUUGAUUUCUUUUAACAGGGAGUGUUAAAAUACAGUGAUGAAUUAACAGAGUUUUUAAAUUUUAUUUUUGUGUGCUGAAGUAUGACUAUAUUGCAGAUUGCAGCACUGUCAUUUAAAAAGCCAAAUGUUUUGUCUUAUCUCUUGAGAGAAUUCUCAAUACAGUGAAUAAUGUGAACACUUAGACAUUAAUUUUAGAAUUUUGCAGUGAACCAUGAAGCAAAAAUGCAGUAAAUCAUGCAAUUUAUGAAAAACUUGGCUGCUUUUUGUGCCAUACUUUACGGAGAUCUGAAGAAAUGUGUGCAUAGGAAGUGAUUGUGUUGCAGUAUUUUUGCCCAUGCCUUUUGCCCACACAUGCAUGUAUUUAGUUAGAUUUUUCUUUUAUAGCAAAACAUGUUUGAGUAAGUUGAAAAAUAAUUAAAUGAUAGGCUGUUGGCUGCCAUUUUUAUGAUGAAAAUAUUUAAAAAUAUGUCUUGAGUCUUCUCUCUUCUUUUUAUCCAGAGACUUCUGAAAUAUGAGAAUAUCAGGGAGAAAGUUGCCCUAAGCAACUAAGUCGUGAAUUAUGCACUUAACUAGCUCGUUUUCAAAAUAGAAGGGGGUUAAUUGAAAUUAAAUUUGUGGUUAAAUGGAAUCAACUAAUAAAGUAGCAACUAAUUCUUUUUAAAAGUGUUCAGGAACCCACAUUUGAAUGAGAGAAGGAGAAAUUCUGUUUAAUCUAAUCAGCAGUCUCUCUUACUGCUAUUCUCUUUCUGGGAAAAAAUCCUUUGGGAUACAGUUCUUUCCAUACUAAUCUUUUUUUAGGCCAAAAUACUUGCAAAAUCUGUAGCAUUUUAUUAUUGUUAUUCUGUAGAAUUAUUAAUUGAGAGUACUCUAAUUUGUUCUUAAAAGUGAUUAAGAGCAAGAGAUUUAUUUUUCUGAAAAAAGAGGAGGAUUUCCCAGCAGCUCCAGGCAUGAGAGUAUUUCCUCUACUUUUUUACUGGUUCUAAUGUUUUGGAAGUCUUUAGGGGACUUAUGUGAUCUCUGCCUUUGGCUAGAUGUUGUAAUCUGAAUGCGACAGUGGUGUUCAGUGAGUUGGAAGAUGGAAGAAACCCAAGGGACGUGGGUAAAAGUAGAUUUUGAAUCCAAGAAAGGACAUGGAUAUUUAUAAAACAGGCAGACAUGC